UUUAAAAUCCUAUCUACAUCUAUUGAAUAGUCCUUGAAUAUUGUAUAGUUGCAACUCAUGUUAUUAUGAGUGGAAUUUUGAAUUAAGGAAGGAUUUUUUUUUUUGAGUAAUAGGAGGACUUUUAGAUUAAUUUAUUAAGAGGAUAUAACAACACUCUUAUUUUCAAUAUUAGUAUAGGACCGACAUUUUGGUAUUUAGAAUAGUUGUGGUUUUAAUGCAUCCAUAGUUUAUUCCGAUCAAAUUGAAAAAGUUUCAUCAAUAUUUUAAUUCGAUUUCCUAUCAAUCCUCAUUAAUUACUGUCUGUUGGAUAUACCUUCCAGUACUAAUUGCUUUCCAAUAAUCCAGAUGUAAUGUCGGUACAUGUUACAUUGAAGAUCUGGUAGAAAAUAUCUUCAUAUUUUAUUUUUCGAAAUUAAUCUGCAUGAAGAGGUAAUUUGUCAUUUAUUUCAAGCUAGUUAUAGCUGCGAUAUAUGGAAAAUAAUGAUUUGCUAGCAAGCAAACUCUGACUGAACAUUCGAGUUUUUCACAUAGAGAUUCCAAACUAGAUUACCCGAAAAGAUAAAGAACCAAGAAAAGCCAUUCAAACUGCAAAGUUCUCUUCUUAUAUACUCAACACUCUUAAGGAAGAGCACAAAAUACAACCAGAAUAAAGCAGAUAAAAGCUAGAACAAACAUUAUUGCAGAAGGAAAAAGCAAAAAGGACACUACUCAGAGAUUCUUUAUUUCUCAUUAAUGUCAGUACAUUUUACAUUGAAGAUCUGGUAGAAAAUAUCUUCAUAUUUUAUUUUUCGAAAUUAAUCUGCAUGAAGAGGUAAUUUGUCAUUUAUUUCAAGCAAGUUAUAGCUGCGAUAUAUGGAAAAUAACGAUUUGCUAGCAAGCAAACUCUGACUGAACAAUCGAGUUUUUCACAUAGAGAUUCCAAACUAGAUUACCCGAAAAGAUAAAGAACCAAGAAAAGCCAUUCAAACUACAAAUUUCUCUUCUUAUAUACUCAACACUCGAAAGGAAGAGCACAAAAUAUAACCAGAAUAAAGCAGAUAAAAGCUAGAAGAAACAUUAUUGCACAAGGAAAAAGCGAAAAGGACACUACUUAGAGAUUCUUUAUUUCUCAUUAAGACUUAUUCCACAUUAUUUUUUCCCCUCGAUUACUGACAAAGGUACAUGGUGUUAUAAAGAGAUAUAUUGGAAUGCAAAUAUAAAAGAGUACGGGAAGUAUUAGUGGGAAUAAACCUAAAUCUUCUGUUGAUAGGUCGAGAGCGAUGUUAAUGCACCAAACCACCUUUCUCUUCAAUAGUCUUUUUCUGUUUCCCACUUCUUUUCAAUUUUCAGACAUACAUUGAUAAUUUUUCUUUUUCUUUUUCUUUUUCUUUUUUUUGGGGUUAGAACAGGGGUCCAUUAGCCUAGAAGGAGAUACUAGAUAGUGAGAUAUGGAAAUAAAGGGUAUGGAUGGCAUACUAGUGAAAAUUGGAUGUUAGGCUAAGGAAAUUGGUUAGUUUAAAUGAUUUGAUACUUAUUCUUCUUAAGUAAAAUCUUAAGUUUGAAUCUUACGAAUAGAAAAAAAUCCUUAAUCGGCAAAGUUUUAUUCCUUAAUGGGCCAACCAAACUCGGAAAUUGAAUAUGAGACGAAAUGGAAUAUGCUGCAAUCAAAGGCACUAUACAAUCAAAAUAAAUUACUACAAUUCCUAGUACAUUACUUAAAUUUGUAGUAAAUUACUACUAGAAUAAGUAAGUUCCACUCAUAAAAAAGAAAGAGAAAGUAAGUUGCAUAAAUUUCGAAGCAAAUUACACAAAUUUCGAAUUGAACUAUUCAAAUUUUGAAAUAAAAUGCCCAAAUUUUGAAGAACUUUACUUAGUUCUUUAGUAAAAUACUUAUAAUUUUCACUUAUACUUUUAGUAAUUUACUUGAUGAUAUAACAAAAUCAAAUUUAUUGAUUGCGCUAUAAAAUUCCCCGCGUGAGACCUUUUGAUUUUAAGUAAAGGAAGAUGCCACUACACCAACCCUUUUUUAAUAAUAUUCACUUUUAAUCACCACAUUUGCUUUUGUUUGGGAUCGGAGUAUACAAAUUUAAUGUUCCAUAAGAAAAAUCGUGAGCCUAACUUAAACCACAUCCCUGAUGGAUUCUUUCCUCACCUACACAUCAUCAACAUCAAGAACUACACCUCCUUCAACUGCAUCAUAUUCUUCACUCAUUUCAGUGAUAAUCCUCUCUUGCUAUCUCUUUGUCGUCCCGAUUGUAUCUCAGAAAACGCAUUGCAGAACUGCCUGUGGCGAUAUACCCAUCAACUAUCCCUUUGGGAUCGAUGACGGUUGUGGAAGCCCGUACUACCGCCGCCUCCUCAUAUGCUCAGAGACGGGCACUCUCGAGCUGCGCACCCCAUCAGGGCGGUAUCCGGUCCAUAACAUAAGCUAUGCGGACCCGCACCUCCUUGUGACCGACCCAUACAUGUGGAACUGCCAGGACAUGGACCAUUUCCGGCCCACCCGAGCCUUCAGCCUUGACACGAGCACACACCUCUCCCUCUCCCCUCAGAAUGACUACUUAUUUUUCAAUUGUAGUGAGAAGGAUGUGAUCAUAGAGCCGAAGCCCAUAUUCUGCGAGCGCUUCCCUGAUCGGUGCGACUCCUCAUGUGACAGCUCGAGUUAUCUAUGCAGGCACCUGCCUGAAUGUUCAUCAGCAUUACGGGAGAGCUCCUGCUGCUCUUAUUAUCCGAAAGCAACAGAAUCCUUAAGGAUGAUGCUCAGGCACUGCACAAGUUACACGAGUGUGUACUGGAGGAAUGUCGGGACGAGCGAGUAUGAUCAGGUGGCUGAGUAUGGCAUUCGGGUCGAUUUUGAUAUUCCGGUGACUACGCAUUGCCUUCAGUGUCAGGAUACUCUAAAGGGAGGUGGAACCUGCGGUUUUGAUCCCCAAACUGAGAAUUUCCUCUGCCUCUGUGGUGAGAAGAAUGUCACUUCUUAUUGCAAAGAUUACGGAACUUCCGGGCACAGCAGUGCUGGAGUCAUUGCAGGGACAGUGACCGGGGUGACAGCAGCAGCAGCGAUAGGAGUUGGGGCUGGGAUUUGGUUCUUCAAGAAAGUGAGGGCUAAAGCACCUGUCACCUGUGGGGUCCAAACCAAUGAGAAUCGCCUCUUUUAAAAGGAGAAAAAAAAAGUUCGAACAACUCAUUUAUUUUAACCAAAAAAAAAAAAAAAAAAAGAUGCCUUGUAGUAAGUGCAUCAUUUCUUUGAUAUGCUUUUCUUGGCUGUAGGGUUGGCCUUUUCUCUGCUUUAAUUUGAAGCUGAUUUUGAUAAUUUGUUUGGUUAUCCAUAAUUAUUUUAUAUAUAAUACAAGAUAGAGAACCUCACAAUUUUACUUUUA